CCCUACCUCAUCUUUCUCAGUUUCUACCUUGCACAAUGGAUCACUUCCCAACAAACUGGGGCCGCCCAAGAAAUGACGCGUUUGAUGCGUACGGAACCUAUCCUCUCCACGUCCGUCCCCAGAACGAACCGAAGGAUACGUUCGACCAUGGUGUACAGCGCACCCAACAACCCAUCGUAACUGGAACGAGCGUCCUUGCUUUGACAUACAAGGAUGGCAUUAUGAUGGCUACAGACAAUCUUGCCUCAUAUGGGUCUCUGGCACGAUUCAAGGAUAUCCAACGACUGCAUCCCGUUGGCGAGUACACUGUUGUCGGAGCAGGUGGCGACAUGUCCGACUUCCAGUACCUGCAACAUAUCCUUGACGACCUCAUCAUCGAACAAGAAGUGAACACUCAGGAUAAUCACAAACUGGGCCCUGCUGAAGUCCACGAAUACUUGUCGAACGUCAUGUACGCCCGGAGGUCGAAGAUUAACCCCUUGUGGAACUCUUUGUUGGUCGGUGGUUUCAAGGACGGGAAGAAGUUUUUGGCUUAUGUCGAUCUGCUCGGAACGACAUAUUCGGCAUCAACAAUUGCCACAGGUUACGGUGCCUACAUUGCUCUCCCUUUGCUCCGUAAAGCUGUGGAAGGCAGGGAGAACACUCUGACUGAAGAGGAGGCUCGUGCCAUCAUGGAAGAGUCCCUUCGUGUUCUCUUCUACCGAGAUGCCCGUAGCUUGAACAAGUACCAAAUCGCCACCGUCACUGCUUCCGGCACUUCAAUCUCGGACUCUAUCAAGUUGGAGACCUCUUGGGGCUUUGCAGAGGGUAUCAGAGGCUAUGGCUCUCAAACGCAGUAAUUCUGAUGAAUCUUGUCGGUACUUUGCCAGAUUUUCGUUGUAAUGAGAAUUGUAUGAUCAUGGAGUCGAG